AGUCGGAGGGGCUGUCAGGCAUGACCGAAUGAGGAGGAGCUCCAGUGUCUGUGCUGGAAACCACGUCACUGAACGCGGAACUUUUCAGUAAAGACAAAACGACCCUCGGAAAUGUCACAUUGAUCUGCUGUCGGUCUAAAAUACACUUUAAAUCCGUCCUCCUAGUUGAUUAGACGAACUACUGUCCCAAUGGCGAGCGCUCCUCCUCUGGAAUCCAGUGCACAGAUGGGCUUUGCACCUCCACCACCGUCUUACGCUGAAACUAUGGGAGCAGGUGCACAUUACCCACAAGGCACUGCGUCUCCUCCGCCUCCAGUCUACAAAGAAGGAGCUCCUUAUCCAGCACAGCCUUAUACACCAAUGUAUCCACCACCUCAACCUGUGCCGUCUAUGGCCAGCCCACCUAUGGUUUCAGUGCAGACGGUGUACGUGCAGCCGGUUUCAUUUGCGGACGUUCCAGCGCAGACCUGUUGUCCUGUGUGCUCUCAGACCGUGGUAACACGACUGGAGCACACUUCAGGCACCAUGGCCUGGCUAGUCUGUGCAGGCCUGUGCAUUAUUGGCUGUAUGUACGGGUGUUGCCUGAUCCCCUUCUGUGUGGACAGCAUGAAGGAUGUGACACACUUUUGCCCCAACUGCAACAGAGCUAUUGGCUCGUUCAAGCGUCUCUAAUCUCCUAACCAAGCACGUACUCAUUGUACCUUUUUAUACCUUCAAACAUUCUGUGCAUUUCGUAUUAAUGCAGAAUACAUAAUCCACUUUAUAAAAUCAACUCAAUUCUAUUUAAUGUAAUCUACUUUUCUUCUUCUUCUUGUAUCUUUGCACUUCAAAUGUAUACAAAACAAACUGUUACAAUCUAAAAUAGAAUUAAAGCUAUAUAACUAAAUAAUGUUUAACACACCUGAGGUCUAGUUCUUAGUUUAUUUACAUUUUUUGUUGGCUGUGAUGGACUGAAUAUGUGAAAAUGGACUCUUAAAAACAUUUCAAUCUGACUAAAACGAUAACCGCUCCCUGAAAAAUGAAUAAACCUCCAAAGUGCCUUAUAGCUUUUCUUUUAUUCUAAAAGUAACGAUAAAGAGGUGUCUUGGUGCUCAUCUGUUUCUCUCUUGUUCACUGCCUUCUUGUUAUAGUGUUGUAUUGGCACAUUGUUACUUAUUUACUCAGUCCUGUAAAGUUUAUAAAGUUUUAUAAAUGUACUUUUAAUGCAAUUACUGCGUAUAAAUAUCACUCACAUGAAAAAUAAAGUAUUAUUAAAAAAAGGGAAACAAAAAA